ACACUGCCCGGGACCGUGCGUCUGAAAACUAGAGAAGUACCAAACCACACGCACGGGACACGUUACCGGGCCGAUUCUACACCCUUCGCCGUGUCAAACCGCCGAGGUCAAGAUCGGCCAUUCAGCCGAAUAUUGCAAUCGUUGUCACCUCAGAAGUCGUGAGCUUUUUUGAUAAUUCACUCGCGUUACAGUUGGUUACCUGCGAGCUCGUCUGUAGUUGCUUUGGAUUAUAAAAAAGUGGGGGUUUGUCCUUUACGCGUGAGAAGUGUCCACCGCUGCCAAUUCAGGUGGACACGCAAAGCCCUUCGCAGCCAAUGUUCUUCGGAGGACUAAGCACACUGAAGUGUUAUGAAGAGCGGAUGCUGGAGUAAUUGAAUUGGGAGAAGCAAGCUGAGUGAAGAAAAGAAGACUGCCUUGAGGAUUUGAGAGAGGGAGAAGAGAGAGAAGAGAGAGAAGAGAGAGAAGAGAGAGAAGAGAGAGAAGAGAGAAAGAAAGAAGAGAGAGAAAAAGAGAGACAAAGGAAGAGACGAAGAGUUCUUUUGGGAAGAGGGAGAACCAACAGAGGAACCAUGGGGAGGAAAAAGAUUCAGAUUGCACGGAUUAUGGACGAACGUAACAGACAGGUGACGUUCACCAAGCGCAAGUUUGGCCUGAUGAAGAAGGCGUACGAGCUGAGCGUGUUGUGUGACUGCGAGAUCGCCCUCAUCAUCUUCAACAGCACCAACAAGCUGUUCCAGUACGCCAGCACGGACAUGGACAAGGUGCUGCUCAAGUACACCGAGUACAACGAGCCGCACGAGAGCAGGACCAACUCCGACAUCGUGGAGACUCUGCGGAAGAAGGGCCUAAAUGGAUGCGACAGCCCCGACAUUGACGCCGAUGACUCCGGCCACAGCCCCGAGUCCGAGGAUAAGUACCGCAAGAUCAACGAGGACAUCGACCUGAUGAUCAGCAGACAGAGGCUGUGUGCCAUCCCCCCCUCAAACUAUGACAUGCCAGUGUCCAUCCCCGGCAACCCCAACAGCCUGCUGUACAGCCACCCUGGGAGUUCACUGGGCAGCCCCAACCUGCUGCCCCUGGCUCACUCCUCCCUGCAGCGCAACAGCAUGUCCCCGGGGGCCACACACAGACCCCCCAGCGCUGGGAACACAGGUGGCCUGAUGGGUGCGGACAUGACCGGUGGUGUGGGCAGCGCUGGUAACGGCUAUGGUAACCACCGUAACUCCCCUGGUCUGCUGGUCUCUCCAGGAAGUAUGAGCAAAGGGAUGCAGGCCAAGUCUCCGCCCCCGAUGAGCAUGAACAUGAGCAGUCGCAAGCCAGACCUGCGCGUACUCAUCCCCCCAGGGUCUAAAAACACCAUGCCUUCCAUUAAUCAGAGAAUAAACAACUCCCAGUCUGCCCAAUCAUUGGCAACCCCUGUGGUCUCCGUAGCAACCCCAACACUGCCAGGGCAAGGGAUGGGAGGAUAUCCGUCUGCCAUAUCCACCUCCUAUGGUACAGAGUAUUAUCUGACCAGUGCUGACCUGUGCUCUCUAUCGCCCCCUGUAGAGUACUCUCUGACCAGUGCUGACCUGUCCUCGCUGUCGGGCUUCAGUGGCUCAGGCUCUCUGCACCUGGGCUCCAUGAGUGGCUGGCAGCAGCAGCACCUGCAGAGCAUGCAGCACUCCUCCAUGGCUCACCUGGGAAAUUGCACUAGUACUCACUUAUGUCCGAGCUCAAACCUGUCCCUGCCCUCUGCCCAGAGCCUGCACAUCAAGUCCGAACCUGUUUCUCCUCCUAGAGACCGAGUGGGGCAUCAGCAAGGGGGCUACGGCAGCGCACAGCAGCUCCCUCCCCCCCAGCAGCAGCAGCAGCAGCAGCAGCCCAAUCACCACCAGGCCCAAUCCCAGCAUGCCGCGGGGCGCCAGGAGGCGGGCCGUUCCCCGGGCGACAGCCUGAGCAGCUGUGGCAGCUCGUACGAGGGCAGCGACCGCGAAGAGCAGCAGCAGCGCAGCGACUUCCACUCGCCACUGGGGGCGCUGCGGCCCCCGCAGGAGGAACACGAGAGCCCGUCCGUCAAACGCGUGCGCCUGUCCGAGGGAUGGGCCUCCUGAUUGCCACGCCAACGAUUGCCACUGCCACUUUCGCAAGAAUCCUACCACUCCCCUCCCCAAAUCCUAAAUCCCAUCCCCCCUCCCCCAAAGAUCCCAAGUUCCUCAUACCCCACCCCUACCAAUCUCCUCAGGGAGGGCUUCAUAUCUGAAAUGUAACUUUAGUAUUAUUAUUAUUAUUAUUAUUAUUAAUAUUAUUAUUAUUUUUCUCUGCAGAGUGCGAGUGCUAUUGUGUAUUAAAGUGGUAUAUAUGUUGCAGGGCGGGAAAGAAGGUUUUGAA